AUGCUCGUGAAGAGCAUCUAUGCGAUAGCCCAACCUCAGAUUGUAGGCAGGAAAUAUAUGCUGCCACUUUCAACAUCUCCUAAACUCCUUCUACCGCUAUUUACGUUCUCUACAAUGCCUCCAAAGGGUUCUAAGAGGAGAGCAGCAUGCCCUGUGGGACAUACCAAUGGAGCUGACAAAAGAGUGAAGCAUGAAACCAGUGGCGAUGAGCUCCGUCAGCCCCAUCCAUUCGCAAAAGACGCAGAAGACCAUGGCAUCGUUCUACGCCGCUUCUAUCCACAUGAAAUGAGCACUUCUCGAGCUCAUGCAUACAAUUCCAAUGAAAUUCCAAGGCCAAUAGAAGGACUUAUCGCGGCACUGGAAGAGACAGCCGAAGCUCGUAAACAAGCAAAGGUCCAACACGCUGUGGUUCAUUGGUUCAAAAUGGAUCUUCGCCAUUCUGACAAUCGAUCACUUGCAUUGGCAAGUGCUAAAGCCAAAGAGGCGGGUGUUCCUCUCAUCUGCAUCUACAUCAUAAGUCCUCAAGACUACGAGGCCCAUCUCACGGCUCCGGUUAGAGUAGACUUUAUGCUGAGAACGUUGAGCGUCUUGAGAGAUGAUCUGGCGGCUCUCGAUAUCCCUCUCUAUGUGGAAACAGUGGAUAAAAGGAAGAAUAUUCCACAUCGCGUUUUGGAGCUUAUGGAAGAAUGGGGAAGCAAUCAUCUCUUCGCCAACAUGGAAUACGAAGUUGACGAGCUGCGGCGAGAAAGUCGUAUGAUUCGCCAGUUUGCGGAAAAGAAUAUGUCGUUUGAGGUUGUUCAUGAUACGUGCGUUGUACCCCCAGGAGAGCUGCAUAGCGGUUCUGGCAAUCAGUACGCUGUUUACACUCCCUGGUAUCGAGCUUGGAUGGCUCAUAUUCAUGAGAACUUGGAUCUCCUCGAGAUUUAUGAUCGGCCGGAGAAAAAUCCGGACGCUGCGCGACGAACAUUCAAGACGCUCUUCGACUGCAGAAUCCCAGGUGCACCAAAGAAUAAGCAGCUCAGUGAUGAGGAAAAAAAGAGAUUCCAUAAUCUGUGGCCCUGUGGUGAGCAUGAGGCCAUGUCAAGAUUGGAAAAUUUCUGCGAGGAGGCUAUCGUGAACUAUCACAAUAAGCGAAAUAUCCCUGGAAACAAUGGGACGUCGUGCUUAUCUGUGCAUCUUGCAAGCGGAACAAUCAGUUCUAGGACAUGCGUUCGGACAGCCAGGGACAGGAAUAAAACUAAGCGAUUAGAUGGCGGUCAUCAGGGCAUCCAAGUCUGGAUCAGCGAAGUUGCCUGGCGAGACUUUUACAAGCACGUCUUGGUUAAUUGGCCAUAUGUCUGCAUGAAUAAGCCAUUCAAGCCUGAGUAUGCGAAUAUCGAAUGGUCUUAUAAUAUGGAUCAUUUUGAGGCAUGGUGUGAGGGACGAACUGGGUUUCCGAUUGUCGAUGCUGCAAUGCGUCAGCUCAAUCAUAUGGGAUACAUGCACAACAGGAGCCGAAUGAUUGUCGCUUCAUUUCUUUCCAAAGACCUGCUGAUCGAUUGGCGUAUGGGCGAGAAAUAUUUCAUGGAGCACUUGGUCGACGGCGAUUUUGCGAGCAACAAUGGCGGCUGGGGAUUCAGCGCCAGCGUUGGAGUUGAUCCACAGCCCUACUUCCGUGUCUUCAACCCGUUACUUCAAAGUGAAAAGUUCGACCCCAGCGGUGACUAUAUUCGUAAAUGGGUUCCCGAGUUGAAAGCCUUAAGCGACAAGGAGAUACAUGAUCCGUAUAACCGAGGUGCUGGUACCAAAGCGAAAAAGCAGGGCUAUCCGAAGCAAAUCGUCGACCAUAAAGGAGCGAGGGAGCGCGCUCUAAGCGCAUACAAGGAAGGGCUUGAGAGAGGGACCUAG